AUGGAACUGCCUCCUAAGUUUUAGAUAUAUAAUGAUAAAAUCUCUCCUUCUCCUUCUACUGUUUGGGGAAGGGUAUGCGGGCAACUUCUACUUCUCUCCCUGGGAAGGAGGGUACAGGAAGGACAGAUUACUUGAUGACCAAAUGGACAUGGAUUCUGUAGGAUCCGUCGAUCUCACAGCAAAUCUAUCCAUGCGCUCAAUAGAUUAUCUUCAGAAAUCUAAAAUCCUUGGAACUGGUCCACCUGGAUAUAGUAAAUCCAGGCGUAGAUGUAAACCUUCUUGGGCCAGUUAUGACUUUAUGUCCUUGAGCGUUUCAGACCCGAAUAUCUUAAAGAUGGUUCCACAAGAACUAGUUCGCCCUGAUGGUGCAUGUGGUGAAGGAAACCCAGCUCCAGGAACCAAUAUUACUGCUGGGUGUGAUGCCAAAUCCAUUAACAAGUGUUGUUCAGCUGCAAAUUUAUGUGGAACAGAAUGUUCCUGUGAAGGAUGUAUUAAUUAUGAUUCAGUCCAAGCGAAACGAACCAGCAGCCAAAGUCUAACUUACAUCACAAGCAGAGAAGAGUGUGCCCGAAGAUGUCUUCAAUCUCCAGCUUGUGACAUGUUCUUCAGUAAUGCAUACACUUGCACAUUCUACCCUAAUAUCAAACUUAAAGGAAAACUGAUGAGACAGGUCACCUCUGAGAGUUAUGGAAGUCCAAGAAUGGGAUUAUAUGUGCUUGAAUGUGAUGAUAGUCAGGCCAAUGUUCUGGAUAAUAAUGACUGGGAUACUAAUUCUCCUCCUGCAACUUGGACUGAAUCCUUGACAUGUGGAGCUACUGGGGAUACAAGUAUCUACCAAGGAACAAGGAGGAAUACACACUUCAAGGGGAUGCUACCAGCUUGUCCCCCGGGAUGGAUGGAUUUUAUAAACGAAUGUGUUAUCGACAGUGCCACUCCUUCACCAUGGAAUCGUUAUGAUACUUGCAGAUCUAUUCGGCAUUCAACUGGCCUUACCUUGGAGAAUCAAGCCAAGUACGAUCUAAUUAAAACUAAGCUUAACAGUCCUGUCUCUGGAUGUCAACAAGGAGUUGUAGACUAUUUUACUGCUGUUCCUGCCGGCGGUUGUACAAGUAAGUAUCUGUAAAUCUAUUAUGUUAUGCCUUUUAGUUGUAACCAGGGGUGAAGA